AUGGCCGACGAAAACUACGAGGACGACAUCUUUGAUGAUCUCUACGAUGACGAGCCCACGUCCAAGUCCGCGGCAGCGGCACCUGCCCCAGCCCCCAAGACGGAACCCGAACCCACCCAAGCCGAGCCCGUGAGCGCGCCGCCUCAAGAUUCUACACAUGACAAUGCUCAGAAUGCUGCGCCUUCUUGGCCAGCUCAAGCUGGGGGCGAACAGGACUCGCACAUGGACCAGUCCGGCUACAAUGCUGGGGGUGACCAGUCGUACGACAAUGCGCCCGUAGAUGAUGACAACUAUGGCCCAAUCAACGUGAAAGAAGAUGGGACCAUCGCCAUCAACGGCCACAUAGGAUAUCGUGCUAGAGCGCUCGACAACAUGAGAGAGGCGAACUAUUCAUGGAAUACAUUGCGAGCACAAUCAGAGGACAAGCUCUGCACACUUCAGUCUGUCGCGCAUUUCAAAGCACCAGGGGCCAUGGUUGGCACAGAGUCUGGGAUAAAAGCCUAG